AUGCCAUGGCGCAGCAGCAGUUGGUUGAGCUGGCAAAAGCCCAACCCCAAGCAAAAACAUCGUCUUAACCCAAACUCGUCCAUCAUCGCUGCGACGCUGCCGACAGAGAUUUUGCUCCUCAUCUUUGCCGAACUUCCACGCGAAAUCAUGUACGAUAAUUGGCCCCGCUGGCCUCUCGUGUAUAAAGAGGCCAGGUCAAUACCGCUCGUUUGCUCCACGUGGCGGGGACCAGCGACGGCGAUGCUCUUUGAAGCUGUCCACCUUCGGACAGUACUACAAACAAGGACCCUUCACGACACGCUCUGUAAUCACCCGCAUCUCAUGCCACUCGUCAAAACCGUGUUCCUCCCACUUCACGUCAGCCGCCCAACACCGCGCAUCGUAAUCGAGCAUAUCGAAGCUCUCAUUCACUUACUUCCUUCCCUCGACGAGAUAUCAUAUCAAAUGUCUCCCACUGUUUCAUCUUUACCUCGAAUUGGUGUUGAUAAGACAAAGAUCGGCAACCCAGAUGUCCGGUAUCUCGGUCUGUCAGGCUGCCUUCGAGACAAGCAUGCUCUUCCACCCAUUUCGACCGCGUUUCGCAACCUCCGGUGUCUCAAUCUACUUGGAUUUGCUAUCACCGAACGUAUCGACCCCAGCGUCGUCCCGCCUCUACUUCGUCUAGAAGAAUUCAGCGUUCACAGUGACAACUGCUACGCCUUUCUCGACGACUGGCUCUGCUGUUGUCCACGAUUACACACCAUCUGUGCCGUCGCAUUUUCUUGCCAGCCUACCCCGCCUAGGAAAUUGCUAGCGACUGGUCGUAUCAAAGUGCUCGAACUCGUCUCCUGUCGGAGCACAGAGUCAUAUGCUGGGACAUGGAUCAACGAUUCCGACAAGUUGCGUAUACUCAGUAUCACACCGGAUGUCCUACACCAUACAUCUCCCAACCUUCCGAUGGAAUUACACGAGCUAAGAGUAUGGGAAGAGGGAAUCAUGCCACUCAAACUUGACGAAGUGAUUCACUACCUUGACUCUGGGCCCAAGAUUGUUAAUCUUGUCGUCUCAUUCGUCAAGCACUCUCCGGCCGACGAAGAAGCGAAAGGACGCCUCCAUGACGUAUGCAAUCGCCAUAGAAUUGCGCUCACAAUUCAGUUUACAAACUGUGGAUGUGAUAGAUGCGACCCUGAGGAGAACUCUACUCCAGUAGUUGAGACAGAGGUUGAAGCCUCGAGCAGAUGGCGACGCACACUAGCAGUGACCAGAUCCCUAGUCAAGAGGAAGCGUACAGCACAUGUUCCAACCCCAGAGGAGCAGGAGGUGGCUACAUGGGAAGGAGGGAAGUUGAAUAGUUGA